GACAGGAAGGAUCUUGCUGUCUCGGCUCCAUUCAGACUUGGCUUUCCUUCAUUGAAUUUAUCUUAAGAGACUGUUAAACUUGAGGGAGUAAAUAGAGGGAGCAAGGCGAGUGGCACAACUUCUUUUCUCCUCUGCCAGUGUCACCGUCAACUUCCGUGCCGCGCCAUAUAAAUAAAUAAACAAACAAAUUUAGUGUUUGUCAUUAAUAACCCAUCUAUAAACCCGGAAAACUAUGCGUUUCGCACUUGUCUUCAUUUCUUUUUUAACCCACCUUCAGUUAUAUAUGUUUGAUUCCAUAUAAGGGAGUCUCCUCUCCUCUACUCUCCUCUCCUCUGAAAUAUCAUUCUCAGUCAGUGCUAGUGUUAGUGUUACUGAAUACUGAAAGCUGAUCCAAGUAGGUAGGUAGCUAGUUGUUAAGCAUGAUCACUGGAAAGGACAUAUACGACGUUCUGGCAGCUAUUGUGCCCCUAUAUAUUGCUAUGAUGUUAGCAUAUGGGUCGGUGAGGUGGUGGAAAAUAUUUACCCCAGAUCAAUGUUCAGGCAUCAACCGUUUUGUUGCAGUGUUUGCAGUUCCAUUACUCUCCUUCCAUUUCAUCUCCUCAAAUGAUCCAUAUGCUAUGAACUACCACUUCAUAGCUGCCGAUUCUCUCCAGAAGGUAGUCAUCCUCGUUGCCCUUUUCCUAUGGCAAGCCUUCACCAAACAUGGCAACCUGGAGUGGAUGAUUACUCUCUUCUCUCUAUCCACUCUCCCCAACACUCUUGUCAUGGGGAUCCCCCUUUUAAAGGCUAUGUACGGGGAUUUCUCCGGCAGCCUUAUGGUUCAAAUUGUAGUUUUGCAGAGUGUGAUUUGGUACACUCUCAUGCUUUUCAUGUUUGAAUAUAGAGGAGCAAAGCUUCUGAUCAACGACCAGUUCCCGGAGACUGCUGGAUCUAUUACCUCUUUCCGUGUAGAGUCGGAUGUUGUUUCACUUAAUGGCCGCGAGCCUCUACAAGCUGACGCUGAGAUUGGUGAUGACGGAAAACUCCACGUUGUGGUGAGAAGAUCAAGUGCGUCAUCAAUGGUAUCGUCCUUUAACAAAUCACAUGGACUGAAUUCAUUAACGUCCAUGACACCCAGAGCCUCAAACCUUACCGGGGUAGAAAUAUACUCUGUCCAGUCAUCCAGAGAGCCCACUCCCAGGGCUUCAAGCUUUAAUCAAAACGAUUUCUAUGCCAUGUUUGCAAGCAAGGCUCCAAGUCCCAAGCAUGGCUACACCAACAGCUUCCAGGGGGCAGUUGGUGAUGUUUUUUCGCUGCAAUCUUCCAAAGGAGCAACACCAAGAACUUCAAACUUCGAUGAAGAGAUGCUCAAGGUUGCCAAGAGAAGGGGGGGAAGGAGCAUGAGCGGCGAGUUAUAUAACGGUGGUGGUGGUGGUGGUGUUCCUUCUUAUCCACCGCCCAAUCCAAUUUUUGCGGGGUCAACUAGCGGUGGCUCUAAGAAGAAGGAAAGUGGCUCAAUGCCUAACAAGGAGCUUCACAUGUUUGUUUGGAGCUCUAGUGCUUCUCCUGUGUCGGAAGGGAAUCUAAGGCAUGCAGUUAAUAGAGCUGCCUCUACUGACUUCGACUCUUCUAAACCUACCUAUCAACAAGAAAACGCUGCUUCAAAAGCAAUGCAUGAGCUAAUUGAAAAUAUGGGUAAAAGCAGUGGGGGGGACAAGGAUUUGGAGAUAUUAGAGGAGGGAUCCAAGUUUCCAACAAGUGGAUCUCCCUUGAGUUGUCAGAAAAAGUUGAACAUGGAAGAAGGCGAAGUGGCAAAGAAACAGCAGAUGCCUCCUGCAAGUGUGAUGACAAGGCUUAUUCUUAUCAUGGUUUGGAGGAAGCUCAUUAGGAACCCUAACACAUAUUCCAGUCUUUUCGGCUUGACUUGGUCCCUCAUAUCUUUCAGGUGGAACAUUCAGAUGCCAACAAUUGUAAGUGGGUCGAUAGCAAUAUUAUCCGAUGCUGGUCUGGGAAUGGCAAUGUUUAGUCUAGGCUUAUUCAUGGCAUUACAACCCAAGAUCAUAGCUUGUGGAAAAUCUGUAGCAACAUUUUCCAUGGCUGUCAGGUUUUUGACUGGUCCCGCUGUCAUUGCUGCAACCUCCAUAGCCAUUGGUCUUCGUGGGGUUCUUUUGCAUGUCGCUAUCGUUCAGGCUGCCCUUCCACAAGGAAUAGUUCCAUUUGUGUUUGCCAAGGAGUAUAACGUUCAUCCCGACAUACUUAGCACUGCGGUUAUUUUCGGAAUGUUGAUUGCUCUGCCCAUUACAAUACUCUACUAUGUGCUUCUUGGACUGUAAUUUCUGGGAUUCAUGAAUCCGAUUGACAAGUGGAGUGGAAAAUGGCAUGGGAUUCAGUGAAGAAGAAAAUACAUACAGCAAUUGUAUACUCAUUUGCAUGUGACUUUUGCAUUAAUUUAGUAUUUUUAGAGAUGCGAUUCUAUCACAUUAAUUUAAUUUACUACUUUGACUUUU